GAGUGAGUGAUCCCUGUCGAUUCGGGUCGGCGAGUAUCGAUCAAAUUCCGAUGAAGCUCUCUUGUGAUUGUAAACAACGGAAUCUCAUCUCAACCCUUCAUUACACAAACUACAUUCGUUUCUUGAUCUCGAUCUACCUACAAUACCUUCAGCUUAUUACGCCCUCUCACCAUCUUUAAUUUCAUUUUUUCUUUCCCUCUCAGCCUUUCAUCAUCUUUUAUCGCACAGCAACCGAUCUUGCCGCCUAGAUUUAUCUACUGAUAACCACUUGCGAUUGUCAUUUGCGAUUCGAGAAUCUUCGAGGAAUUGUAUAAAGAUUUGGGCGAACUACAGAUUGUGUUUCGAGGAGAGAGACAACAUGCCAUCCAUUGCACAAGAAGAUUGGGAUGUUCCAUCUAUGGAUUUCCACAUGAGUCCAAAUGGAGCUGUGAAUCUACUGAAGAGACGGAGGGACGUUGCGAAUUUUGCGGAUGUGAUGGAUGAGGAGGUGCAGAUGAAGAUUAAUAGUCCUAGACAUUCAAACCUCCAUUCACAUUCACAUUCACACAAUCUCUAUCCACACGCCACGCACCACGAACCCGAACGCAGACACCUAAUUCCCCGCUCGAAAAUGAGUCUGAACAAACGGGUUCGAGUUGAAUAUUUGCCCUCAGAGCCCGAAUCUAGGAUCGAACAGGCAAAGGAGAAAGAGAAGAGUGGAUCUGGAAUGGAUCUACGAGCUUGUCAUAUAUGUCGACGCAAACCGACUGUGAAGAAGGAAUUGGAUGCGUUUGCGAAUUGUGAGGGCUGUGGGAAGAGAGCUUGUUGGGUGUGUAUCAGGGAGUGUCUUGGAGGGUGGGGGAAUACGGAGAUGGGGGAAGAGGUGGGAGGAAAGGAGGACUGGGGAGAGAAGGGAAUGACGCAUAGGGGAAUGAUCUGUAGCAGAUGCUGUGUGGAGAGGGGAACCGAGGGAGAUGUGCUGUGUUUAGGAUGCUUGAGAAUGGAGGGGAGCUGAAAUUUUUGUGCGCGUGGGAAAAUAUUUACUGGGAUUUGGCACUGCCAGGAGGGAAAUAGGGCGCAUUAUGGAAACUUAAGCAAACUUGCGGGUAAGCUCCGGGUUCGAUUCAUUAAGGAGUAAACUCGAGGGAGGAUUCUCCGGUUCGAUGGAUGGGAAUGAUUCGAUGGGAUGAGCGAUGCGAUCGAUACCCAUUUUGAUCUGGAGUCUUUAAGGUUGGCAAUCUUGCAAGGAUAGUGAUUUGCAUAUAAUAAGGUUUACCCGGGUUUCUUACUGCAUUUUACCAUAUAGUUACAUGUAUUAUGAAUAUUGAUAUAUUUUCAUUGGCUAUUUGUACUGUCUUUUAUACGUGAAUACUACAUGGGGUUAAAUAGUCGUAUAACUACGCUUGAAUGACAAGGUAUUCAAAUUCUGGACGAGA